UUCGUCCAGCAGCACCGAUGGGGAUCUCGAACCUCCUGCCGCAGCUCAAGUCGAUCACGUCGCCGACGACGCUUCGGCAGUACCGCGGGAAGACGGUGGCGGUCGAUGGCUACUGCUGGCUGCACCGUGGCGUCUACAGCUGCAGCCAAGAGCUCUGCCUCGGCCAAGAAUCCGACAAGUAUAUCAAGUACUUUAUGGAGCGUGUCGAACAUCUACUGACCUGUGGUGUGAUCCCAUACAUUGUCUUUGAUGGCGGGUACCUGCCGAUGAAGAAGCUCAAGGAAGACGAGCGUCGAAGCUCGCGCAACAAGAACCGCCAGAGUGGCCUCGAGUACCUCCACCAGAAGAAGUACGAUCUGGCCCGGCAGUGCUUUGUCAAGGCCGUCGACGUGUCACCGUUCAUGGCCCAUCGCGUCAUCGAGUGUCUCAAGAAGCGCAAUGUACAGUACGUCGUCGCGCCGUACGAAGCCGAUGCGCAAAUGGCUUACCUUGCGCGCAAUGGUCUCGUCGACGCCGUCAUUUCCGAAGACUCGGACUGUCUUCCAUUUGGCUGCUCGACGGUACUCUUCAAGAUGGACCAGGCUGGACACGUGGACGAGAUCCAGCUGUCCAACCUAGCCAAGAACAAGGGUCUGUCGUUCGUCGGCUUUGACGACGAUAUGUUUCUCGAUAUGUGCAUCAUGUCCGGCUGCGACUAUGUCGCCUCGAUCCCAGGCCUCGGCGUCAAAAAGUCCCACGGCCUCCUCCAGCGCUACGGCUCCUGGCGCAAGGUCGUCCGGGCGCUUCGCAUCGAGAGCAAACUCAAGAUCUCGCCCACCUAUGAAGCCGACGUCGAGGAAGCCCGCUUGACCUUCCGUCACCAGCGUGUGUUUGAUCCGCGCACCAAGACGCUCGUGACGCUGACACCGCUGCUAUCGACGACGUUGACCAACACGGACUUUCUCGGGCCCGUCAUUCCCGACGACAUCGCGGCGCAGAUCGCAGAUGGGAGCAUGGACCCAAUCUCGCAGACGCUGUUCCCGGCGUCGAUGGCAGCGCGGUUCACGGCCGUCCCCCGUGCGCUGGCCCCGCCAAAGCCAGUGACACCGGUCCAGAAAAAGGUGCCUGCGAUGUUUGUGACGCCAGAGGCCGACAAGGAGAAUGCAUUCACGCGCAUGCUCUCGGCGGCAGGCACGUCGUCGCUCGUGCAGCGGUCGACCAUGAAGCGCAAGCUCCCGCUCAGCUUUGCCGAUGCGAACGCUUCCAAGUGGAUGUACAAAAAACCCACACACCCAACCAAGACGACAGCUCACGUCACCAAGGGUAGCAGUCGCUUCUUUGCCCCGAAACCAAGCCUCAACGCGACUCCGACCCCAGCGCCGACCGAAGAGCCGAUCCAAGAGCCGACCCAAAAGUCGACCCAAGAAGCGAUGACGCCAGCGAGUACCGACGUCGUCGAGUCGACGCCGCCCGCGACGAUCCCACAACCGACUGUACAGAGUCCGAUCAAGAAACGCGCGCCGCCACGAACCCUCUUUGACCACUUUCGCUUCCACGCUUCGGCGAAGUAGAUCUAGAGCAGAUGAAUACAGUGUAUGUAUGUGAAUAGACAAAAUAGUAG